GCUGACCCACCAUGGAGUGGAGAGCCACUCUCCAGGGCAUUCCCUGCAGCUCCCUGCUCCUGCUGCUCUGCAGCCUAAAGGCUUCCCUUGCCUUUCCCAACUCCUCUCCACUGCUGAGUCCCAGCUGGGGCAAUGGAGAUCGCCUGAUGCACCUCUACACCGACACCGAGAGGAGCAGCUUCCACCUCCAGAUCAACGCUGAUGGCUACAUCGAUGGCGCUCCUCACCAAACCAUCUACAGUGCCCUAAUGAUCAAGUCUGAGGGUGCUGGCUCAGUAAUAAUCACAGGUGUGAAGAGUGGACGCUACCUAUGUAUGGACAUGAAAGGAAAUAUAUUUGGCUCGCAUUACUUCAGCCAAGAGGACUGCAUGUUCAACCACAGGACGCUGGAAAAUGGGUACGAUGUGUACCAAUCCCCCAAACACCACUUCUUGGUGAGCUUAGGCAGAGUUAAACAAGUCUUCUCCCCUGGUAUGAAUCCACCACCAUACUCCCAGUUUCUGUCCAGGAAGAAUGAGAUCCCUCUGUUCCGAUUCAACACCCCCGAGCCCCACAGGCACACCAGGAGUGCAGAUGUUGAUCCCGUAGAUCCUCACCAGAUCCUGGUCUCACAGAGGAAGACCCCAGUGUUUGGCUCCCUGCAGCAGCAGCCAGCAGACUUUCCCCACAUGCCCAGGGAGCCCAUGAGGAUCAACCAGAACGACGUGGUGAACCCCGAUGAUCCCCACGCAAUGAUGGAGGCCAGGAGGUACCCAAGCCCCCGCUUCUACAUCACGAGAUAACCGCGGCCCCUGCGCUCACCAGGUGAAGACAAGGGCAAAAGGAACCGUCUGUCACACUCAGCC